AUGGAUUCUUCAAUAGAGUUGGCUGAUCUUCUUGUUAAUGAACUUGCAAAACAAAUAAAACUGAAAUACAAAGACGAUGUCACAUGUACAAAUCUUGUUUACCUUAAAUUACAGAACUUUGGAAUGAAACCAGGAUUUGCAUUUGCCAUUCAAAUGGUUUCUACUUCAUUAAUCGAAAGUAAUUUAGAUAAUGUAGUUGCAUAUGUUGGGCAAGUAAUGGGAAAUGAAAUUUUAGGAGCUCCGGCAGAAUUUAGUAAUGAUGGAGAUAAAUUUAUUAAAUUCCAAUACAACAAAGAAUUACCAAGUAUGUUUAGGAGAUUAGGACCGAUUACAAAGCAAGGAAUGCCACCAGAACAAGAAUUUUGGCUCCAAGUUUAUGGACAUUUUAUUCUUGGCAUAUAUCAAGGAGCUCUUCUUCAUUUCGGAUAUCGUACGGUUGGUAAAUUUGAUUUUGGAGAUGAUUCUAUUCAAUUCUCAAUCAAACCAGAAAAAUUAGUUGGUACUUGGUCUUCCCCGCCAUCUGUUCUAUUAAAAUAA